AUGAACAUCGAGAAAAAGCAGCAAAAGUGGAAUAUCAAGUCUCCAAUGUUCGAUCCGAGGCUCAGCAGAAUGUCGGUUCGUUUGAUUGGCAUUUGCGGUGUCGUUGAAGCUACUAUACAUUUAGGUAGCUUUGAUUUUAUCGUAGUUGGAUCUGGAUCUGCUGGAAGUGUUGUUGCAAGUCGGCUUUCAGAAAACCAUAAAGUUAGUGUUUUACUGCUUGAAGCAGGCUCAGCAACGCAACAUCCUUUCGCAUUCAUACCUGCUGGGUCGAUUAUGCAAACUGAAAGCUCCAUAUGGAAUUGGAAAUUCAAAGCGGAAAAAUCUGAGGGAAAUUGUCUCGGCUGUAUAGAUCAAAAAUGCUGCUUUCCACACGGAAAACUUCUUGGCGGUACAUCAGUACUUAAUGCGAUGAUGUACGUGCGUGGACAUAAAGCUGACUAUGAUGGAUGGGGUCUUGACGGAUGGAGUUGGGAUGAUGUAUUGCCGUACUUUAAGAAAGCUGAACGAAACUCUUUGGAUCCCACAAGAGGUGAAUUCGAUCCCAAUGUUCAUGGCACCGAGGGAAAAAUGAAUACAAAUUUCGUGAACUAUCGUACACAGAUGGCAGAAGAUGUAUAUAAAGCAGCAAGAAAUGUAGGAUAUGCAUGGGAUCUCGAUUACAACAGUGGAAGUCAAUUGGGAGUGCAUUAUCUUCAAUGUAACACGUUUGAAGGAAAACGAGAAGAUACAGGCACGAGAUAUAUUCGAGAUGUUCUUCCACGAUCUAAUUUAGUGGUAAGUUUGGACUCACACGUGACGCAGAUUUUGUUCGAAGGAAAUAAGGCAACGGGAGUUUUGUACAAAUAUCUAGGACUUAUUACAUUUAAAGCCACCGCUAAAAAGGAAGUGAUUUUGAGUGCUGGCGCAAUCAACUCUCCGCAACUCCUAAUCUUGAGCGGAGUUGGACCUCAAGAAACUUUAACUAAGUUUAAGAUAACUCCAGUAAAAUAUUUGCCAGUAGGACAAAACUUUCAAGAUCAUCCCCAUAUUUAUGCUCCAACGUAUAUGUUAAACUCUACCGGUAAUACUGUUGAUCUUGGAGAUCUAACUUUGUGGAAUUUUCUUAAGUCAAUCAUUAAUGUGCCAAAUCCAUUGCACCUCCCUCAUGGUUCAGAAGGGUACGUUUUUGUUAGAAAGGAGAAUUCUCCAUUGCCUGUUGGUGUUCCCGAUAUUGAACUUAUAAUAACAUCGUCAGACCCUACUAAAGCUGCUCACUGGCAAUUAGAUUAUUAUUGCAUAGACAAAGUAUUUUUCGAUAAGGCGUUCGGAAAUUUGAAAAAACAUAAAAAAGAUACAAUUACGCUUGCACCUAUGUUGCUACAUCCACGAACAUUCGGAAACGUAACGAUUCGUGAUACUAAUCCAUUCUCAAAGCCAGUCAUCCAUAAUCCAAUGUUUAAAGAUCCGUACGAAAAGGAAGCGAUGCUAUUUGGAAUUCGUGAGGCAAAAAAGAUAAUCGAAUCUUCUUACUUUGCUAAAUACAAUCCACAACUCUACAAAUAUGACAUCGAAGCAUGCAACGGAUUUGUUUUUGAUGAGGACAAUUGGUGGUAUUGUGUAAUGGAUUACUUGCAAACGACGCUCCAUCAUGAUUCUGGAACUUGUCGCAUGGGCACUGAAGAAGAUGUAAGAACUGUCGUUACGCCAGAUUUGAAGGUUAAAGGCAUUCAAAAAUUGAGAGUUGUUGAUGCUUCAGUCAUUCCAGAAAUCAAUUCAGGACAUACGGCAGCGCCAACUAUGAUGAUCGCUGAAAAGGCAGCACAUCUCAUCAAGUUGGAGCAUAAUAUUCAGUAA